AUGGACAAGGACUUCUCCUCCCAGAUGAAGAAGAUGGCCCUGGCUAUGGGCACGGCCCUGUCGGACAAGGACAUCGAGAUGCUGCCCACGGACAUGAGGCACCAUGGCUCCUUCAACUAUCUCAAGUUCUUCGAGUACAUGCAGAAGUUCCAGACCUCAGGGCAGCUGGAGGGCGCCAUCCGCAAGGCCUUCCAGGCCCUGGACAAGGACAAGAGCGGCUUUAUCGAGUGGAACGAGAUCAAGUAUGUCCUAUCCAUCGUCCCCAACAGCGGGCCUGCUGCCCCGCUGACAGACGAGGAGGCCGAGGCCGUGAUCCAGGCGGCUGACACCGACGGGGACGGGAGGAUCGACUUUGAAGAAUUUUCUGAACUAAUCAAAAAAGAAAAAUUUCCAAAGAAGAAGUAG